GAAAGUCAGUGGGUUGCUCUCAUCUUCUCGUGUCUGAACAUGGUGCGGACUAGAGCAGACAGUUGCCUGGGCACCUACAGAAAAGUGGUGGCUGCCCGAGCCCCCAGGAAAGUGCUUGGUUCCUCCACCUCUGCCACUAACUUCACUUCACCUUCCUGGAGGAAAGCUGAAAAUAAGUAUGCAAGAGGGAAUCCAGUUUGUGUGCGCCCAACUCCCAAAAGGCAAAAAGGAAUUGGAGAAUUCUUCAGACUGUCCCCUAAAGAUUCUGAUAAAGAGAAUCGGAUUCCUGAAGAGGCAGGAAGCAGUGGUUUAGGAAAAGGAAAGAGAAAAGUACAUCCUUUGCCACCUGGUGACACAGAUGAUGAAAAAAAAUAGAACUUUCUUACUCAU